AUGAAGAUCAACGAAUACUCCAGUAUUAUAACUCCGCGCAUCCUCCUCGUCCCGUACAGCACCCACCACGUGCCCACGUACCACGAGUGGAUGCAAGACGAAGAUAUUCAAAAAGCCACAGCUUCAGAACCGCUAACUCUAGAAGAAGAAUACUCCAUGCAGCGCUCCUGGCGCGAAGACGGCGACAAACUGACCUUCAUCGUGUGCACACAUCCGGGAGAGCAAUAUUACGACGACAUGAUCAAACACUCGCGGACACGCUCCAUCAACCCGGGGAAUCAGGACGCGCCAGAGAACAUGAUUGGAGACGUGAAUUUGUUCCUCUGCGAUGACGAGGACGACGAUGAGACGGUGCAAGAGCAAGGGAAAGUAAGGAGCGUAAUUGGCGAACUCGAAAUCAUGCUCGCCCGCAAGGAUAUGCGGGGUAAGGGGAUGGCGCGGGAAACGCUGACAGCGUUCAUGUCGUACAUACAGGCCUCUUUGGAUGGCCUGCUGGUCGAGUACGCGGGGAGGGAAAGCGUUGUGUUGAAGUAUCUACGGGUCAAAAUUGACAAGGGCAAUGUACGGAGCUUGAGUCUCUUUGAGCGUAUGGGAUUUGUUAGGACGGCGGCGGGGCCGAAUUACUUUGGGGAGGUGGAACUCAGGACGCCGGUUGUGGACGGGAAAUUGAGAGAUGUUGAGAGUAAGAUUGGACUGGUCGGGUUCGGGAAGCCUGUAAGGUACGAAGUCGAAGGCUAUGGAGAGAGGUGA